CACUGCCAAGUAAAAUGCCAAUUCUGACUUGUUAUAGAUUUUGUUUGAGAAGAUCCAGACUGUGACUUUCUCUUUUUUUAAAUGUCACAGUAUUGAGCAGCAAACAAAAGUUCAGAGAUUUUGUGGUGGUUCAAUGUCUAACUCAUGAAUCAAUGUGAUGUUUCCAAAGAGUGACUCAUAGACCAACUGAACAAUUUUUUUUUAGACACUAAUUUGGUGUCAUGUUUUUUUCUCCGUGCAUGUGGACUAAAAAGAUGUGUUGGUCUGUAGGGAGAGAUAAUCUGUCAUCUGCCCCUGUAACCUGAAGAUUAUUCUCCUCUCAUCAGCACCGGUGUUCAGAGAACCACUGCCAAUCCAUCUGCUCCUUAAUCCAGUGACUGGAGCCAAAACUCUACAUACGCACGCGCGCACACACACACACACACACACACACGCAAACCCACAAACAGAAUUAGACCAUGCGUCCUUUCACCUUAAAAGCUGAGGGUUUGAGGAAUUCGUUUUAACCUGAAAGCAAAUAUUUUAAGAUGUACGAUAUUAGCUAUUUUACAGAACAAAGAAUAAAUGCUUCAAUGCAAUUACUUUAGCCUUCAGUUUCGUUCAUUCUUUUGCUUUAAAUUAUUUUAUUUUGAAAGGUUGGAUAGGAAGUUUUAGUUGAUUGCCUUGAAAUUAACAGUUUUUGUCGCUCCCAAGCUUUUGCAGCCUUGGAGGCGCACAGUCUGUUGGACAUAUGCGCACUGCUGCUACUUAUACUGCGCUGAGAAUGUGACUCACACAAAGGAUGGGAUCUACUUUUUACACCACUUGUGGGUUUCUUUAGCGUCGUGGAAGUGAUGCGGGGUGAUUUGAGUUGGGAGUAAAACUCGGGGUUGUGCGCACCUGCCAUGGAUGGCGCGUCGACUGCAUCCUUUUUCGGAUAGGAGCUCCUUCUGACUGUCAUGGUCUCACUGUUCGCGGCGAGUUCACCUGGAAAACAAUGGAGCAGAGAAAGAGACUUUUCUGCUGUAUUUUAUUUGUGGCGGAGCUCUGUGUUGGUUCUGCGCAAGUCCUCAGAAUCGGGGGGAUCUUUGAGACACGGGAAAGUGAGUUAGUGAGCAUGGAUGAGCUGGCGUUCAAGUUUGCCGUAAAUAACAUAAAUCGGAACAAAACCCUGAUGCCCAACUCGACUCUGACCUACGACAUCCAGAGGAUCAACAUCUUUGAUGGCUUUGAGGCGUCUAGAAGAGUGUGUGACCAGCUGGCUCUCGGGGUGGUUGCCGUGUUCGGCCCCUCUCACAGUUCUUCGGUCAGUGCCGUUCAGUCUAUCUGCAACGCUUUGGAAGUCCCUCACAUCCAGACUCGCUGGAAGCACCCGUCGGUCAACAACAAAGACACCUUCUUCAUCAACCUCUAUCCUGAAUACACCGCCAUUGCCAGAGCCAUCCUUGAUGUAGUCACAUUCUUCAAGUGGAAGAAACUAACAGUGAUCUAUGAAGACAGCACAGGUUUAAUGCGGAUGCAGGAGUUGAUCAAGGCUCCAGCAAAAUUAAAUCUGAAAAUCAAAAUUCGUCAGCUCACCCCAGGUAACCAGGAUGCUCGACCACUGCUGAAGGAGCUGAAGAAGGACAAGGAGUUUUUCAUUAUCUUUGAUUGUUCCUAUCGCAUGGCUUCAGAGCUCCUAAUGCAGCUGUCUUCAAUGGGAAUGAUGACAGAAUAUUACCAUUUCUUCUUCACGACAUUGGACCUGUUUGCUCUGGAUUUAGAGCCGUACCGCUACAGCGGGGUCAACAUGACGGGUCUCAGACUGCUUAAUUUUGACGACCCGUUGGUGGCCUCCACAAUGAGCAAGUGGGCCAUGGAUCGAAUGCAAGGUCCCAAACAAGACAAAGGACUAAUUGAAGGAGUCAUGACUACAGAUGCGGCUUUGAUGUAUGAUGCAGUGUACAUGGUUGCUAUUGCGGCGCAAAGGGCCACUCAAAUGACAGUCAGCUCCCUGCAGUGCCACCGCCAUAAACCGUGGCGCUUUGGACCACGCUUCAUGAAUCUGUUCAAAGAGGCACAAUGGAAUGGACUGACUGGGCGCAUUGUUCUCAGUAAGACAGAUGGUUUAAGGAAGGACUUUGAUUUGGAUGUAAUCAGCCUCCAGGAGGAUGGCACUGCCAGAAGUGUUGCGGAGGGAACAAGUCAGCUCACGAAAAGGUGGAUCAAGGUUGCCAUAUGGAAUUCAUACAAGGGGAUGACUCUGAUAGAGAGCAACCGAGACAAGAAUAGCAAUGUGACAGACUCUCUGGCUAACAGGACUCUCAUUGUCACCACCAUACUGGAAAAUCCAUAUGUAAUGGUUAGGAAAUCAGAUAAGGAGCUUGUUGGGAACGAUCGCUAUGAAGGCUACUGCAUGGAUCUUUUGAAAGAGCUCUCAAACAUCUUGGGUUUUACGUAUGAAGUCAGACUGGUUGGUGAUGGGAAAUAUGGAGCUCAAAAUGACAAGGGAGAGUGGAACGGGAUGGUGCGGGAGCUGAUUGAGCACGUUGCAGACCUCGCUGUGGCUCCCCUCACCAUUACAUAUGUCAGAGAGAAAGUGAUUGACUUCUCCAAGCCCUUCAUGACCUUAGGCAUCAGCAUUCUGUACCGGAAGCCAAACGGGACCAAUCCAGGCGUGUUUUCCUUUCUGAAUCCUCUGUCUCCAGACAUCUGGAUGUAUGUGCUGUUAGCCUGCACUGGUGUCAGCUGUGUUCUUUUUGUAAUUGCCAGGUUUACCCCAUACGAGUGGUACAACCCACAUCCAUGCAAUCCGUCCUCAACUCUAGUACAAAACAACUUCACUUUACUAAACAGUUUCUGGUUUGGUAUUGGAGCUCUCAUGCGACAAGGCUCUGAGCUGAUGCCUAAGGCUCUUUCCACUCGUAUAGUAGGGGGUAUCUGGUGGUUCUUCACUUUGAUCAUCAUCUCAUCUUAUACAGCCAACUUGGCAGCCUUUCUUACUGUGGAGAGGAUGGAUGCUCCCAUUGACUCUGCAGACGACCUGGCUAAACAGAGCAGAAUUGAGUAUGGUGCUGUUAGAGAUGGAUCCACUAUGACAUUCUUUAAGAAAUCAAAGAUUUCCACCUAUGAGAAGAUGUGGGCCUUCAUGAGCAGCAGGAAGAACACAGCAUUAGUUAAAAACAACAAAGAAGGCAUCACGCGCGUUUUGACAACAGACUACGCAAUGCUGAUGGAGUCCACCAGCAUCGAAUACAUCAGCCAGAGAAACUGCAACCUCACACAGAUUGGAGGUCUCAUCGACUCCAAGGGAUAUGGCGUGGGAACACCAAUUGGAUCUCCGUACAGGGAUAAAGUCACCAUCGCCAUCCUGCAGCUCCAGGAGGAGGGAAAGCUGCACAUGAUGAAGGAGAAGUGGUGGAGAGGAAACGGAUGCCCAGAGGAGGACAACAAAGAAGCCAGUGCUUUAGGCGUGGAGAACAUUGGUGGCAUCUUCAUUGUCCUGGCUGCUGGUCUGGUGCUGUCUGUUUUUGUUGCCAUUGGAGAGUUCAUCUAUAAGGCUCGCAGAAACGCAGACAUAGAGGAGUGUCUGUCUUGUGCUGUGAUGAGGGAUGAGGGUUCCUCCCUGCAGUGUUCUCAAGGGAUCCUGUGGAGGUCACAACCCUUCACCGCAGAAAGGCCCGCUUGCAUCUUCUGUCGACCCGUGUGUCCCACAAAGAAAAAAGGAACAAAAACAAACUCCAGUGCAUGAGCCUCACAUGAUCAAACAACAUGGACUGCCUUUUGAUUGUUUUACACAUUGUUUUUAGACCAUCAAAGUGAUAUCAAGUAUUUCCCUCUUCCCUUUUCUGUAGGUUAAUAUUACAAAUACAAAGCACUGUAUUGUAGAUUUUAGGGCUAAUGUUCUAUAAGCAUAUCUAGUGAUUCAGCAGGUUAAGACUACAUUUUCUUUGGUUUUUUUAGCAUUAACCUCAACUUCCCUGCAUUUUUAGCAAAAUCGAGUUGAACAAACUUUUAUGGAGUAAAUGUCCCUACUGUGUAAAUGUAUCACAACUUCACAGAUAUUCAGAAUAAAAAGACUUUUGCAUUUUU